AUGAUUGUGCCGACGUUCUCCGGCGCGAUGAACUCUGGAGAAGACGAUCUCGGUUCUUCGGCGAGGUCCUACUUGAGGCAGGUGUCAGCGUGGCGGAGAAUGACACGGAUGAGCAAGGACCAGCAAGGCCUGACGUUGUACCAGCACCUCACCGACAGAGCUUGGAUCGAUGCGGAGCGCCUAGAUAUGGAUCGUCUGGGCAGCCCCGAGGGUGUCGACUACCUGAUUUCUUGGAUCAAGGAUCGCUACCUGGAUGUGCAGGUGACACAAGUGGGCCGAAGCCUGUCGGACUUUUUCCGGCGCCUCCGCAAGCGCGAUGGGCAACCUAUGAGGGAGUAUAUGGCGGACUUCGACCGCGCCCACGCGCGGCUGGCCGAGGUGGGCUGCGAGCUCCCAGACAUCGCGGCCGCGUGGGUCUUUGUCGACAGGAUGUGCCUGGAGGAGUCCGCGGAGCUCAACCUUCUGGCGUCCGUCAAUAAUAACUACUCUCUUAAGCCCUUGCAGCAGGCGGCGAUCGUGCACGACCGCGGCCUCAGGAAGCCCUGGGAGAGCCAGAACCGUGGCCCCAGGCGUGAAUGGGGCGGCAAGAAGCCGCACUCGGCGAACAUGGCGGACCCCGAGGUGUUCCUCGAGGAUUCCCACGACGAGCACCUCGGUGAGCAGGUUUCUGACGAGGGCGAGGCUGUUUCGGAGGAGAUAGCAGAGAAUCUGUACAAUGCCUACAUGACUCACGAGACAGCCAAACAAAGGUACAGAGAGAACAGUAAACUUCGGGGAAGCGACCCUGAAGCUCUACGUCGCCUCGCUUCCGAGAAACUCCGACUUGCGAAAUCGAGGUCGUUCUGCAGUGGCUGCCGCAGGCGCGGCCAUUGGCACCGUGAUGCGGAGUGCCCUUUGAACAAGGGCUCAGCGACCUCUACGAUGACGGUGCCUUCGAGUGGACAGGGCACUGGGAAUGCAGGUGGCACGGCUCGGGACCCCGUGAAGGCCAACUUCCCUUGCCAUGUUGUGCACGUUACAUGGGAUCUCGGAGGCGAUGAGGCUGAGAAGUUGCUGGCUAUCACGGACACCGCUUGCUCAAAGUCCGUGGCGGGCGCGGCCUGGGUGGACAACUAUGUGGAAGAGGCCAAGAGGCGAGGAUGUGAACCACAGUUCAUGUCUUGCCGGGAGGCCUUUCGCUUCGGUGCCUCCAAGGUCUUCGUCGCCGGGUACUCGGUGGCGAUUUGCUUCUCCCUCGGGAAGUUCAAGGUGAUCCUCAAGGUCGCAGUGGUGAACGGCGAAGUGCCCCUGUUGGUGUCGAGGCCUGCUUUGGGUCACCUCGGCAUGGUGAUGGACGUCGCAGAGAACACUGCGACCUUCAAGAAGCUCGGAGUCGUGGACAUGGGGCUCCGUGUCACGGAUACUGGGCACCCGGCUUUCCCUAUUGAGCCAGUGCCCCUGCCUAGGUCCUACCAGCCCCUCUCAAACGGAGAAGGCCCGGAGCUACAGAUCUUCCCGAGCGAGUGCCAAUACACGGAGGGUCAGUACAAGCUGUGUCAUGCAAGACGUAUCGGUUGUUUCCUGAAGUUCAUGGAACAUGGCGUGAUGACCGUGAUCACUCCUCUUUCCCGAUGCUGUGGAUUGGCAGAACAGUGUUUCGUAGACGGAGACCCAUGCCCGAACUUCCCACACCGACUUCCUCGCUUGAUCAUGUCGGCCCACUCGGAGCUCCUCACCGCUCCGGUUGUGACCAGGCAGAAGACUUUGUGGGAGCUGACGAAGUCGGAGUUGAUCACCGAGGCCCGAGCAAGGGGGCUUUGGUUUCACGAAUCGUGGACGGCGGUGGAGCUGCGGUCCCUCAUCCAGGAGAACCGCCGCGCUGCGCCGAGCAAGCAGUCUCCCUUGAAGGGUCUCUCCGGUCUGAAGGUCGAGGAUCUGAAGGAGAAGGCGAUGGAGCUCGGCUACAAGCUGCCUCCCCAUGCGACCCGUGGAACAAUACUCCGGAUUCUCCGGGACCAGGACGGCAUGUGCGGGGAAAGCUUGAUGACGUUCGGCCGCUUCUCGGGCAAGAAGUUCUCGGAGACUCCCACCUCCUACCGGGAGUGGGCAGUCCGAGAGGUCUCCUCCCACGACAACCCCUCGGAGGAGCUGGUCCUCUUUGCGAACUGGUGGCAGGCCGAACGCCUUCGUUCGGAACAGGAGGCGAGUUUGCCACGCCCGGGAUCCUCGAGCCGUCCGGGGAGCUAUGUGGACCCAGAGACCAACGCCCGGACUCCGUAUGUCGAGGACACCACGUCGAUGGGAUCGUGGGACGAGGUGUCGAUUCGGACCUCUCCAAUUCGAGAGGGCUAUGGAGCUCGACCCAAGGCCAAGGCGGCAGCUCCAACGAGAACACCGGCGGCGCGGCGAACGGCGACUGCGGCGAUGGGUCCGGAGAAGGUGUCCAUGGAGCAGGACGUCCCCGGGGAGGUGAUCGACGAGGUGCUGGACCUGGAAGCGAGGCUCGUGAAGGAGAUCUUCUACGAGUGCGAGGAUGUGCCCGCGGAGACGGGCACUGAGGUGAGCGAGGAGGCCCUUCGCAAGGACCUCAACGAUCAGGCCGGCGAGAUAGAUGACUACUUCAACUGCGACCUCGAUCUAGUGUACCAGGCGGCAGACGGUGGACCCGUCUCUUCUAUGAACUCCGGAGGCUGUGGGGAUGUAAUCCAACGUAAGCCCCCCGAAGUGAACAGUGUUUUCGCCGCCCCCGACGUGACGGAGAUGUGUGAGAAGACGGCCAAGGAGAAGCUCGCCCUUAAGAAGUUCACCUACGACGACCUCAUCGAGAUCGCCCGGCUCCUACCUCUACGAAAAGUGCAUGGGAAGAAGGGGUCACGGCGCGGAGGCGGCAAUCCUUAUCAGUACUUCCUCGGAGGCAUGUACACCUACGGGAAGUUCUUCGGGAUUGCAAGGGGCUCCAAGGCACUCCCAUGGACCACCCGCUACAUCAACUCCUUUGCCAAAGAGAAGUUCGACGGAGCCUGGACCUCCUUCGUCCUUUUCCGGGACACUGAGACGCAAGUGCACGCUGAUGUGCACAACCUUCCGGGAACUUCCGUCACCACGGUCAGCUUCGGUGACUUCACUGGCGGAGAGCUCUGGGUGAAGAACAACGAGGGGAUUGGGAAGGUCCUUCGAGAUGGCCCCGACGGCAGCCGGCUUCACGGAGAUCUGGUGUGCACCAAGGAGUGUCCGCACACCUUCGAUGGAAAAGUGCCCCACGCGACUCAGCCGUGGGAUGGAGAGCGCUGGGCGCUCUCGUGCUUCACUACGCGCGGGUUUGGAAGAGCAGACACCCUCCUACGCGACGAACUUCGUGAUCUACGUUUUCCUUUGCGGGGACUGCCGAGGGUCACUACAGGAGGAGAUCCCAUCCCAGAAACUCAUCAUGUACCACGACCCAAGAAGAGCGUCCGGAAAGGACUGUGGAAGACCAGCAGCCGCCUGGCAACAUUGACCACUUGGUGUACAACCGCGGCAUCUCUGUGUCUGACAGAGGACUUUCCUCUGUCACGUGGCCCAGAAGCAGUUACCCUCUUCGAGAUCGGAGGGAUCUCGAAGACCAUCGAUAUCGCUGAGAGGGACUAUAUCACGGUCGAGCCCUACGAGUACGACCUCGCCGUGCCCUUGGAGGAGAACAUCAGCUACGUCGACCGGACCUUCAAUGGCUUUGCUCCGUCGAUGCUUUGGGUACACGGAGAGCAACCCCUGGAAUUCCUGAGUGGAUUGGUUCCCACAUUCCACAAGCAGGUCAACCAAGGGAGGAAGCUGGCUUUCGAGGCAGCUGAUGGACAUCCUUUUUGGGACUCCCCGCCUCUUCGCGAACUUCUCGAGAAGCACACAGGUCGCUAUGGAAGGCGACCCGGAGAGAGUGGAAUACUCCGGUUCAACGAUCUCAGUCCGCCCCUCUCUCUCAAAGAUGAACACCGCGACGUGCCGGAGUUCACCAACUACGUUUGCCAUCCGGACCUACGUGGGCACAACUUGGAGAGCGACCACUACGAGGAGGACCCAGGACCAAGAGAACCUCUGUCUGCAGAACCUCCCGGUCUCGAGGCGGUGCUCGUGGUAGAUCAGGAACAACCGGGUGGACCGAGAGAACCUCUUUCUGCAGAACCCCGCGGUGCCGAGGCGAUCCAUUUCGAUAAAGGAAGAACGAUAGCUCCGGAGGUGAGGUCGUCUUUGAAGCGGUUGCAUCAGAACAUGGGGCACCCGUCGAACCUUGAUCUGGCUCGGCACCUGCGUUUGGCUGGCGCGGAUGCUACCGUUGUGGAAGCCUGCAAAAGGCUUCGAUGUCAGGUGUGCCAUCGGAACCAGAGAGGAGCGAGUGCGAAACCCGCCACACUUCCGAACCUUUUGGAGUUCAACCAAUUGGUGGCCGUCGAUGCAUUCUACGUGUGCGACUGCGACGGGGAAAAGGUUGAGCUCAUGAUUGUGGUGGACGUCGGAACAGGCUUUGUGUCGGCAGGCCUGCUUCAGGGCCACUCAGGGAUCACCAUGGAGAGCAGCUUCUGUUCGAUUUGGAGCAACACUUUCGGAGCUCCAGGAACGAUGGUCGUGGACUUGGAGAGUGGGCUGCAAGCCGGCUUGGGACGUUUCGGUGAGUGGCAUGGCACCAAAAUCCGCCCCGUCGCCGGCCAGGCUCACUGGCAGAACGGCACGGCGGAGAGAGCGAUCCGCACCUGGAAGGAGAUUUGGGGGAGACUCGUCGAUGAAUGGUCGGCUUCCUCCGAAGAGGCCGGGAUGAUCAUCACGGCGGCAAGCACCGCCAUGAACACCCUCCGCAGGGAUGCCGGAUUCAGCCCGUCACAGGCUGUGUGGGGAAGAGACCCCAAGCUGCCGGAGGAGCUCAAAGGGACGCCCCAGGACGAGCACGUCGAGCACAUCAUCAGCCACGACCGACAACGUGCCAGAGAACAUUCUUUGAGGAUCUCGGCAAAGGAGGCCUAUUUUCGGGUCCAGAACGACGCCCGCUUGCGACGUUCCCUGCUACAGCGAUCUCGGGUUGCAGGUCCAGAUCUUCAACAAGGGGCUCAUGUUUUCUUUUAUCGCAAGCCCAAGAACAACAAGAACUGGGAGUGGCACGGUCCCGGAGUUGUGAUUGGGAAAGAAGGACCCAAUGCUUGGGUGUCCUUUUCUGGGAGGUGCCACUUGGUGGCUCCGGAGCAUCUACGGCUUGCGAGUGGAGAAGAACUGGGCGCGGCCUUUGCGAUGCGCGCCACACAGGAGGACCUCCAGAAAUUGCUUGAGCAGGACUUCGCCGACGAGGACAUGUACGAGGGCGAAGACAUGGAGCUCACCGAGGACCACGUCUUGCUUCCUGAAGGACCCGAUUCUCCCGACCAAGAACCCCGUGGUGAACCAGUACGGCGUCCCCCUGAAGGAAGCACUCCGGCACCGGUGACAAAGAGACAUAGGACCAAAGGCCCUCCCGCCGGCGCCGACGAGGCUCCACAGCACCAGGCCUUCAUGAUGAAACUUCCCAAAACGCAGAGGGGACGAGAGAAAGCCUUGGAGAAGGAGUUGCCGUGGAGCAUGAUACCUCCCGAGCAGCAUGAGGCUUUCAAACAAGCGGAGAACAAGCAGUGGGAGGAGCACGUCGAGCACCAGGCCCUGGAACCCUUGAGUAUUGAGGAGAGCCGGAAGAUCAUCCGUGAGAAGGGGGACCGCGUGUUGGGAAGUCGCUUUGCCUACCGCGACAAACUAUGGAGCCGACGACGACAAGACCCCACUUUGGGAUGGAAGGCAAAGGCCAGACUUGUGAUCGCGGGACACCGCGACCCAGACCUCAUGGAUGGCCUGAGCACGCACGCACCUACGAUCUCCCGACAGGGCAUUCUGCUCCUGCUUCAGAUCCUCGCGUCCAACCUCUCCAACGACUGGGGAGGCUACGCCGGGGAUGUCACAGCCGCUUUCUUAUGCGGCGGCGAGCUCGAGAGAGAACUGUAUCUGAGACAGCCAAGGACUGGACUCGGAAGCUUGCAUCCCGAGCAACUCCUGAAGAUCAAGAAGCCGAUCUUCGGCUUAGUGGAUUCGCCAGCUGCCUGGUGGACAAAGUUCAAAGGGACGAUGAAGUCCCUCGUGGUGGACUGCGAUGGCAAGAGGUACAAGCUGGUGCAGAGCAGCUUGGAUCACUGCAUUUUCAUGGUGCAAGAGAUCGUCGCCAACGAGGGCCAGGACGAUGAAAUCCUGGGCACGCCGGAGGCCUACCUCGGCGUACAUGUGGAUGAUGUACUGUUGGUUGGAAAGCGAGCUCUCUGCGAAGUUCUGAAGAAGGCCAUCAGCGAGCGGUUUCCCAUUCGUGACUGGGAGGCCGACAGCUUCGACUACGUGGGGUCUCUCAUCGACAUUCAGAAGGACAAGGUGAAGAUCAGCCAGGCCAGCUACGCGAUGACCCGGCUUUUCGAGAUCGAGGUGGAGAAGGACGUCCCCGACCACUUCGAGGCUACGGAGACCCAAAAGCACGACAACAUGUCCUUGAUUGGUGCAUUGUCGUGGAUGGCGAGCCAGACCCGACCAGACCUACAAGUGGGUGUUUCGAUGAGUCAACAACGGCAGAAGGAGCCGACUGUGGGUGAUAUUCGAUUCACCAAUCAGAUGGCUCGGAGGGCCCUCGAGCACCACGAGAAUGGCCUGGAGCUCUACCCCGUUGACCUCGACAAUGCGGUGUUGUUGUGCUUCCACGAUGCCGGCUGGGCGAACGUGCCACAAAGCCAAGACGACCCCUACUACAGCCUGACGGCAGAGGAGGACGAGGCCGGCCUCAUCACCGACGGUCCUUUUGCCAGGAAGGAGGCCAAGGCCAAGAAAGCGAGUUCCUCCAUCACGUCCCAGCUCGGAGGCAUCUACUUGUUGGCAGACAAAGGGGUGCUUCACGGCAAGCCUGCCCGAGGAAGCAUCCUGGACUGGCGAAGUGGGGCGUGCGAUCGCGUGUGUCGGUCCACCUUCGCGGCCGAGACGAUGGCUUGUUGUACGGCUACCGAGACGGGAGACUACAUUGGACGUUUCCUGGAGACUCUGCUCACCGGGAAACUGGAGAGAAGGAAGUCCAGAUUCCACGUACGUUUCCUCACUGACUGCCGCAGCUUGUACGACCACCUCACACGAGACGGAGUACCUAGGGUACCAAGCUGCAAAAGGCUCGCCAUCGACUUGGCGGGCAUUCGCGAGGACAUCCUGAACUACGGAAAGAUAGUAUGGGUGCCCACGUGGGCGCAGUUGGCGGAUGUCCUCACCAAACCGCUGAAAGCGGAUCAAUGGUGGAAAACCAUCCAAGGAGAGCUCAAGCUCACAUUUCGGGAGAGGGAAGAUUGUAUAGACAAAAGACAGAAUGGAACCAGUGUAAAGCUUGAAGGUUCCUGA